GCCCGGCCCAGGUGGAGGCGGCGCCGAGAGGCGGCCGGUAGUGGCGGGACCUCGAGCACCGGAGUUGGGGUUCGGGACUGCGGCCGAGGAGGAGUUUGAAACUCGUGCCCCAGGACUCCUGUGCCUGAAGGACAGAGGAGGAGGAGGAAGAGGAAGGCCACUGCAGGUGUUUGCCAUCAGGACGUGCUGCGUGGGAUCCCUGCCACUCUUAUGAGCCUGCCAGCCGCCGCCGGCCCAGGAUGUCAGCCGGCGACAAGAACGGGGGCAGCCACUCCGGCAGCAGCCGCCUGCAGAGCAAGAAGCCUCCCAACCUCUCCAUCGUCAUCCCGCCGCGGGAGGCAGAGGAGGAGGGUGCUCGGAAAGAGCCCUCCAAGGUCCCCAUCUACCGCAAGAGCAAGAGCCUGCAGGAGCCGCACUCGGAGCGGCAGCCUGGCAUCCGCCGGCAGACCUCCCUGUCCCAGAGCAUCCGCAAGGGCACGGCGCAAUGGUUUGGCAUCAGCAGCGACUGGGAGGGGAAGCGGCAGCAGUGGCAGCGCAAGAGCCUGCAGCACUGCAGCAUGAGGUACGGGAAGCUGAAGCCUGCCUAUCGCGACAUGGAGCUGCCCAGCCAGGAGGUGCCCUCCUUCCAAGGCACUGAGUCACCAAAGCCCACCAAGAUGCCCAAGAUCGUGGACCCCCUGGCCAGGGGCCGUCCCUUCCGCCACCCUGACGAGACCGACCGUCCCCACACACCCCACCAUGUCCUGCCCCCCUCCACUCCUGGCGUCAUCUCCUUGGCAUCCUUCAACAGCAUCCGCUCUGGCCACGGCCGCCUGCCACGCAGGAAGAGGGAAUCUGUUGCCCACAUGAGCUUCAAGGCAGCUGCAGCCCUUCUCCGUGGACGUUCUGUCCUGGAGCCACUGGCUCCCAAGCAGAGGAGCAACAAGAGGAGCUUCUUGUUCCCCAGCUUCAUGGAUGAGGACAUAGUGGAUGCUGCUGAUACCCUGGACUCUUCCUUCUUCAGUAAGAUGGACAUGCAUGAUGAGACCUACUCCAUGCCUGACGAUGUCUUCGAGUCACCGCCUCUGUCAGCCACCUACCUACGCAUGCACCCGGUGGGGGAUGAUGCCAGGGUGUCCCCCGAAGGUGUCCGCCUGGCGUCGGGCUCCGGCGGCACGGCGUCGCGGCGCGGCCAGCGCAUCGCCUCCAAGGUGAAGCACUUCGCCUUCGACCGCAAGAAACGCUACUAUGGGCUGGGGGUGGUGGGCAAGUGGCUGAACAGGACCUACCGCCGCAGCCUGAGCAGCAUCGUGCAGUCGCAGCUGGAGAUGACAGACAGCCACCGGCCGUAUUUCACCUACUGGAUCACUUUUGUCCACAUCCUCAUCACCCUGCUGGUCAUUGGCACCUACGGCAUCGCUCCCAUCGGCUUCGCCCAGCACGUGACGACAGAGUUAGUGCUGAGGAACAAAGGUGUCUACGAGAGUGUUAAGUACAUCCAGCAGGAAAACUUCUGGAUUGGGCCCAGCUCGAUCGACCUGAUCCACCUGGGAGCCAAGUUUUCCCCCUGCAUCCGGAAGGACCGGCAGGUGGAGAGGCUCAUCCAGCGGGAGAGGGACCGGGAGCGCGGCUCCGGCUGCUGCGUCCAGAACGACAACUCCGGCUGCAUCCAGACCCUGCCGCAGGACUGCUCGGAGACGCUGGCAACGUUCAUCAAGUGGCCAAGCACCAACGCACCAGCCAUGGGCUCGGGUGACAAGAGGACAUCAGGGGCUGUGUGUCACCAGGACCCCAGGACCUGUGAGGAGCCAGCAUCCAACCCACCUCAUGUGUGGCCAGAUGACAUCACCAAGUGGCCGAUCUGCACCUAUGAGACCAAAACCAACCACACAGGCUUUGCCCACCUGGACUGCCAGAUCAAGGGCAGGCCCUGCUGCAUUGGCACCAAGGGCAGCUGCGAGAUCACGACGCGGGAGUACUGCGAGUUCAUGCACGGCUACUUCCACGAGGAGGCCACACUCUGCUCACAGGUGCACUGCCUGGACAAGGUCUGUGGCCUCCUGCCCUUCCUCAACCCAGAGGUCCCCGACCAGUUCUACCGCCUGUGGCUGUCCCUGUUCCUGCAUGCUGGCAUCAUCCACUGCCUGGUGUCGGUGACUUUCCAGAUGACAGUGCUGAGGGACCUGGAGAAGCUGGCAGGCUGGCAUCGCAUCUCCAUCAUUUUUAUCCUCAGUGGCAUCACAGGCAAUCUGGCCAGUGCCAUCUUCCUGCCAUACCGGGCAGAGGUGGGCCCUGCCGGAUCCCAGUUCGGCUUGCUGGCCUGCCUCUUCGUGGAGCUCUUCCAGAGCUGGCAAGUGCUGGAGAAACCCUGGAAAGCCUUCCUCAACCUCUUCGGCAUCGUCCUCUUCCUCUUCGUCUGCGGCCUGUUGCCCUGGAUCGACAACAUCGCUCACCUCUUCGGCUUCCUCAGCGGCCUCCUCCUCUCCUUCGCCUUCCUGCCCUACAUCACCUUCGGCACGGUGGACAAGUACCGCAAGCGAGCCAUGAUCAUCGUCUCCCUGCUGGUCUUCCUGGGGCUCUUCGCCUCGCUGGUGGUCUGGCUCUACGUCUACCCCGUGAACUGGCGCUGGGUGGAGUACCUCACCUGCCUGCCCUUCACCAGCAAGUUCUGCGAGAAGUACGAGCUGGAGCAGGUCCUGCACUGACCCCAGCGGCGGGCACGGGGCCGGGAGAGGUGCUGGUGGUGAUGCUUUCCCUGGGGUGGGUCUUCACCAGCUCCCAGCAAGUGAUGGCUGCUCUGGGCAGGGCUUCAUCCUUGGGGCUGGUGGACUCAGGCUCAGCCCUGUCAGUCGUUGGGAUGCAGUGGAGAGAAGAACUCUGCCUUGCACCCCUUUAGGGCUGCCUCUUGGUGCUGAAAAGCCAUAAACUGGUUUGGGGGACCAAGCUGAGCUUCCACCCGCCUGGAGAAAGGGCUGAGAAAUUGGGUAUUUGUAUGUCCACAACCAGGCUGGGCCUCAAAAGCACCUGGGAAUGACAUUACCAUGGUCUUCUGCCUGCCCUGGGCCACAUCCUGCCUCUGUGCCCCCAGGUGCUGCAGCUCAUACUGUGAACAUGACCCCCUUUUUUGGAGGGGCACUUCUUUUUAUCCACAGCUCUUUGGACUGAAGGUUUCCUACAGCUUGGGCUCCUCGUGGCCUCUGCCCUAGUCCCAGGGCAUUCAGAUAUGAGCUCCCAAGGUAUUUUCCAGUCCCUCUCUCACAUCUGAUGUUUCCCUAAGGCCAGGGAAGGAGUCUGGUGCUUCCCAACUUGAGCUCCUCACUGGGUGGAGCAGCAGGACUUGGGGCAUGGGUGCUGCUUUUCCUCUUAACUUGGUGAAAUUCUCUUUUUGGAAGUGGACAAGCAAUACACAGAGUGUUUUUAGUACCAUGCUGGGAGGCAAACAGAGAGAAAAACACCCUUGGAGGCUUGUGUGGCUGCUCCUGAAGCCCACGACCGCUUCCACUUCUGCCUUGUGCCCCUGCUGUUACCCUUUAUCCUUUUUUGAAGCACGGACACCCAGGUAACCCCUACCCUGCCUCAAACGGUGCUGACAGGCUGGGGCAGUCACCUGUCCCUGCCUGCCCCCAGCCCUGCUCCUUAGCAUUUCCCCCUCCCUCCCACCAGCCACGCUGUGAAGGCAGGUCCUUCAUGGGGUCCGGGUGACUCCUCUGGGCUGGUUUGGAGCCAAGCUUGGUGCCAGGCUGUCUCUCCCUUGGUAUGUGUUACUCUGGCAGUGCUGGGUCUCAGUGCCGUUAAGUGGGGCAAGGUGGGGGUGUCCUAGGAUGAGCAUUCAAGGGCUGGGAGCUUGGCUUCCUCUCUCCUCAACCACUCCCCAGGUGACCCCAGGAGAUAUGUGGCACUUGUAUCUGUCCUUCCAUCCCUCCCUCAACCACGGGCCAGUUUUCAGCACUGCUCUGUCCCUGUGGUGCUGCUCCAGCCAAAGACAGCCUCUGCACCUCGUUUUGUCUCUUUUUGAUACUUUUUUUAAAGCUGUGGGUUCUCCUCCCUCCCCCUUAAUACAUUUCUACCUGUAUUUAA